AUGGGCUCGAAGAGGUUGCUGACGAGCUCGGUAGUCACUCUCCCAAGGUAUGCAGAACAAUCACAGAGUAAUUCACCUAAUGAGUUUUUAAGUUGCCUCCAAAAUCACUAACGAGCUCUCUUUUCAAUCGUCAUCUUUAGAAACGACUCCUGCUUCGAUUACAUGAUCUCCGUGAUGAGGAAGGAUACCUCUUUUGCUCCACGCCCAAUCUUCAUCUCCUCUCGCUAUACAGCAAAACUCGCGUCGGAGUUUUUGACGUGUCGAGAGGAGAUCAAGACUGGGCUCGAAGCAAAAGCAUAUAUCCUCUUGGUCGGGCGAUCGAGUAAUCGCGAAGCAGAAGUCGUUUCUGAAGAAUGA